AUGACGUCCGAAGGCCAAGCAGGGGUGAACCAGCUGGGAGGAGUGUUCGUCAAUGGCCGCCCCCUACCGGAUAUCGUCCGACGGCGAAUCGUCGAGCUGGCGCUGAUGGGCGUCCGACCGUGCGACAUCUCCCGCCAGCUACUCGUCUCGCACGGUUGCGUUUCGAAGAUUCUGACCCGGUUCUACGAAACCGGAUCGAUACGGCCGGGCUCGAUCGGUGGCAGCAAAACGAAGCAAGUGGCCACGCCGACGGUGGUGAAGAAAAUCUUGCGCUUCAAGCAGGAAAACCCGGGCAUGUUCGCGUGGGAAAUCCGCGAUCAGCUACUCAGCCAGCGGAUAUGCGACCCCAACACGAUACCGUCGGUCAGCUCCGUCAACAGGAUACUCCGGAAUGGGGGCAUGUGGACCGACGAUAUGACUUCCAAUGAACAAAUGCUGCGUGAAUCAUCGCAUUCGACGGCGGCGUACAUGCAGUCGAAAACAAUGGCACAUCCACUAUACAGUCAAACGCUUGAGCAGCACCAGGCACUGCUCAGUCAGUAUCGGUACAGCAUGGCGGCCGUCUCGCCGGAGCAUGCCAACAAACCGGUUGCUCAUCCACACCCGCAUCACCCGCACCCUGGAGGAGCGAUACCCGUCCAACGGACGGCGGCCAUCAACAUCAUCCAACACGAGGGUCAUCUGACCUCUAAACCGUCCCCGGCAGUCAGCCUUCCGGAUCUUAGCUCCCCAAAAGGAGCUGACUCCAAGAGUGAACCCUCGUCUUCGACUCGCUCCACACCAACCAGCACUCCAACAUCGUCGUCGGCUCCCGCCGCUACCGGUGCCACCCAGAUGCCAGCGGGCUACCUUCCGAAGCACUGGAUCUGGAACACCGGCCUGUUCUAUGCGGCCAAUCGAGCGGCGGCUGCGGCGGCGGCUGCUGCAGCUGCAGCUUUUCCCCAUGGAUAUUUCACCUACGGUAACCCUUUCGGUUCGAGCGGAAACUUUGCUGCUCAUAUGGAGGCCGGAAGUCUGAGGAGCGACACCACUGCCUCGAAUGCGUCCUCCUCGCCUGUGCAGAUCACCGACGUACACAGUGACGAUUCCUCCGACAAUCAUGAUGAUCUUAGAGCCGCCAUGUCAAAGAAGCGCAAUCCUUACUCCAUCGAGGAGCUACUGAAGAAACCCGAGAGCAAGAAGCAAAAGAUGGACGGUGUGACCAUCACCUGUGUUGCUGCUCCCGCGAACAAAGGCACGGCGGGAUUGCUCGACGACAAGUACUAUCCAUCAUCUCCGUCCAUUUCACCGACCAAGUCCUGUGCUUCUCCACCAAUUCUGAGCGUUCCGGUGGGCCCGGGACGCAGCAAAUCGUCAACCGACUGUCGAUCGUCAUCUUCGCCCUGCUCCGUCGGUGAAGAGUCGGAAGCGACCAGCAUCGUUUCGGCCGUCGUUCGCUCCAAAAUCAAUGAUACCAGCGAUACCAAUAUUAAUAUUGAAAUUUGUGAUUAA